GAAGAAGACAUUAAUGGUGAGAUAAAAAUCUUUCGACGGCUAAGAAAAUGUUAGUGUUGCAGAGCCACCAAUGUCUCUUCACUCUCCCUCACCGUCUCCGUCCGACGCGUCUUAUCUCUCCAAUCCAUUCGCUCUCUUCCAUUACCAGGAUCCGACCCGAUAGAAUCCGGGUAUCCGUCGUUAAAGAAAUCACCGAUGUGGCGGAGGUGGAAGAAGAUGGUCCAAUUGAGCUUCCUCCGUCGUCCACAUCUCCGUUUUCGUCUACCAACUCAAUUUUCGCCACUUCCGAUGACCCUACUCCUCUCCAGUUAGCCACCAGUGUGCUUCUAACCGGUGCCAUCACUGUCUUCCUCAUCCGCUCGGUUCGACGGCGCGCUAAACGCGCCAAAGAGCUGAGAUUUAGAUCUACUGGAGCAAAGAAAUCGUUGAAAGAAGAGGCAAUGGAUAAUCUGAAAGCGUUAAGUUCAACUCCGAUAGAAGGUGGUAAUUCAACUCCAUCGGCGGCUCAGGCGUUUCUUGGUGCGAUAGCUGCAGGAGUCAUUGCUCUCAUUCUUUACAAAUUCACUGUUACAGUUGAAUCAGGACUCAAUCGUCAGACUAUCUCUGAUAACUUCUCGGUUAGGCAAAUCACAGUCACCGUAAGGACUAUCAUCAACGGUAUAUGCUAUCUAGCAACAUUUGUUUUCGGUCUCAACGCGAUUGGACUUCUCCUUUACUCUGGUCAAUUAGCCUUCAAUGAAGAUUCUGAUGAAGACAUGAAGGCCACAACACAACCUGGAGACUCAUCAGGUGACAACAGUGAAGUAAAUAAAAGCAAUGAGGAUCAAAGUUGAGGUGAUUGAUUAGUCCGGUCUUUGUAUUUGUACUAUGAAACAUGUAUUAAUAAUAUCAUAUUCAUGUAGCCAACUAUGUAUAAAAUUGUUUUCUUCUU